AUGUCGUCGACUGCUUCUCCUGACUCAGGAGAAGACCUGGUCGAGCUGACUCCAGUUUUUCGCGAUGGGAAAGAUAUACAGAGGAAAUCUCCAAAGGUAUGCGAUCAGCAAUUGUUGUCAACAAACUCUCAACAAGAUUAAGCUUUGAUAUUGUUUUAAUUGGUUUUCUUCCAAUCUUUCCAUGAAACACGAUAAAACAAUGAAUUACGAUUAAUUUUGAAAACUCCCGUACGAACCAUUCAAUCUUGAUUUCGCCUUGUGCCUCGUGUCAUAUCACAGUGUUCAAUUCAAAUCUACCUUCUGCAAACCUCUGUAAGUUUUCAGCACUAAGUGUACUGGAAGUUGAAAACGCUACUUCAACUGUAGACUCCGGAAGGUAAUUGAUAAAACAUGGUUGUUAUUUCCAGGUGUAUGAUUCAGAGCUCUGCAUGUUAGCCUUACCUCCAGGAGAGCAUCAGCUACUGACGAGAGUAACUCAAUAUCUCUUUACUUGUGGAAUCAUUCCUGUUGUAGUCAAAAGCCCCACUGAAGCUCUUAUACAUAGCAGGCACUCCAAGUUUGUAGUGAUAGUUUUGCCGGACAGUGAUCCUACCCUGAUCAGAAAAGUUAGGUUGGUAGCUCAUCUCAGUCCUUUACCAUAAAUAUUUUCAGUAUUAAAUAUUGCUUAUAUUAUCCCAAAGACUUUAAAAGUACAUCUAUUGCAAUAGAGAUGUUACUCCUUCUAAAUUAAGUGGCAAAAAAUUAUUAGAGAAAUAUUACUCAAUCAAAGUUGCAGUCUACAACCUUCCCAGGUAAUUGACUAGGUAAAUGUUAAACUUCAUAAUUAAGUUUUCCUUACAGCUUCAACAUUCUGUGUAUUCGUAUUUUUUUUUGAAUAUGUGAUAACUCAAUAAAGUUAUUCAGGAAUUUGGGUUGAGCUUUCAUUCCAGGUCAGCUGAUGGCAUCAACUGUCAAACACCAGUGAUUGUCAUUUCAGUGGCUGAUAUUUUACCAGGUAGGCUCUAAGUAUGUUUCAAGAAUGACUAGCCCUUUUUCUUCCUAUAAGAUUUGUGGAUAUAUGAAAGACAUGCAAAAGCAACCUUAAGAUUCAGGAACUAGAUUAGAAACAAGUGAGAGAUUUCACUUCAGAUAUUUAGCAUAAUGAUAACAUAAUGUGUACUUGUAUAACUUUAUUCGGGUGAGCCAUAACUUUUUGCAAAGUUUUAGUUAAAGGAUAUAAUUACCAGUAAGCUGUUCCUGAUUGAAAAACUGUGAAACUGCCUGGUAUUUUCUUUUUUCUUUAUCCCAUCUCUGCAAAAAUUUCUCCCUUCAUAGUGAUGGUUUAUGUGUUUUUCACAGGAAAAUAGCGCAAGGGUGCAGUUUCAUGGGUGAUAAAAUCUAAUGAUAUCAAAUGACAAGUAUAGUGAUUUACGAAAUUUAGUUGGAGUAAACUGACAAAAUUUACUCCAAGUGAAACUUUAGCCAUGAUCCUAACUCUUGAAAAGAACUAGAAAUAUGUUAAAACAUUUUUCUUGACAAGUGGUUCUUUCCAAACAAAUGGUCCCUGGUUUACAUGUGUUCUUGGAAUUGUCAUCUCAGUUUAUUAUUUUUUCUUUAACAGAAAGCACUUUGCACAUGUUGGGCAGAAAUGAGAUCCAAGAAGCAAUCAACAGAACAUCAGAUCCUGAAAAGUUUGAAACUGAUUUGAUAACAGCCUUAAGUCAUUUCAUUAGGCAGACUCACCGUACUGGUAAGUGUCAGAAAUAUUUUUCUUUCAUCUCAGUAUGGCCUGUGAGCCCCCAUAUGACCAUUCUGCAGGAGGUUGUUGCUUGACUUCAAAUCUGUAUAACAUCACUCAGAGAUCUUUGUGAUAUAAUUGAUGAUGAAGAAGGUGGUUAACCCUUUAACUCCCAAGAUCUUGUUAGCAAUUCUCCUUACAGUCUGCCAUACAAUUCUUAUAAUGUUAGUUCGGAGAAUUUAGUAUUGGAUCAACCAAUUAUCCCCUAAUUGAUAUUUUACCUUAUUCUCAUCUCUUCUAUGCUUGAUAUUGUAUUGAUAUUGUAAGGAGAAAUUCUGUCUUGAUCACUCAUGGGAGUUAAAAGGUUAAAAGAAAAUUUUCUAAUUUCAGCAUGUCUGUAUUGUUACUUAAAUCUUCUUUAGAAUCUUUUAAUCAUAAACAAAAAAUUGAAAUGAUACAUGUGCAGUAGAACAACACCCAUCAGUUCAUGUUGAUUGUUUACCUCUGAACUGAUCCCAGUUACAAGUUUGUUGUUAAAGUAUUUGGAUGAAGUAGUCAUGAGAAAAGUAUAAUCCAAGAUGAUGUUCUUCUCUUAUCCACAGUGGACCAGGGGCUGUCAUUGUUACCCAUGCCAGUCCCAGUCUGUUGGAGUACUGCACCUUUGCAGUAUACCUCAGCUCUUGCGCACCCAUUUGAACAUCCAGAGGGAACAGGUUUGACGACUGGUUUAGUAAAUUAUGCACCAAGAAAGCCAAUUCUUACUCAAAUUCAAGAUCUAAGUGAAAAAAGGUUCAUAGACCAAGUUCAGGAAUCUAGGAACCUAUUGGUAAGUGGCCAGACUGUGACUCAAGUCAUGAACCAAGGACUAGCUACUCCUAAAGCCCCUCCUUCUAUGGGACUUGGUACUCAAGAAAAUUCAGAAGCAGUGUUACCUGGUAUUGAGACACUUUUGAAUGCCAUUCAAGUGGUGGAAGGUGAAUCUCCAGCCACCGAUAAUGAAGCUCCUUGUUUCAAAAAGAUCACAGCUCUUAAUGCUCCUGACUCUGUUAAAUCAAGGUUAGUUUGCGUGUUGUACUUGGUGCUUGGUGGUAAAAAGAAGGAAAGAUUUCCGCAAUUUUUUCCCAACAAGAUGACCGCUGGGUUAAAACCGUUUUUUUUAAGGAUCAAUAUUUGCAUAUCUUGAAAAUUGGAAAUAUUUAAAAAUCGCUUAUUGCAAUCAGCUUCACUUUUGAACGUCCUCAGUUAUCCUUGUUUCCUGUUUCUUUUGUGUUCUUCUCCUUUAACAAGCUUAAUUUUUUUGUCUUGUUCAAGUCAAUUAAAAUAAUCAACGUACGUUGACUCGAGAUUUCACAAUUGUAAAUACAACAGCAUUGCAAAAAUCUUAUAGCAAAAAAAUUUACAAUUAAUUUAUUAUAAAAGUUAUUGUGACAAUCUGUAAGUUUAGUCAUCCCAGUUGCUUAAACGUUCUGUAAUUUUAGUCAUCCCGGUUGCUUAGACGUGAUGUCAUGGGGGGGGGGGGUAUUGUUUCCUUUCCAUGUCAUCCUCUACCCCCUCUAAUUGUUUUGCAAAUUUUCAUAACGAUUCACUUUAAUAACGCCACUGGGUCGGCAAAACAAUUUUAUCUAUUGUAGGCGCAAGAAUUUGUAUUAUCAUUUUUUGUUAGUGUUGGUGUUUCAUAGUUUCGUGUUAGGUGAUUAUUUUCUCGUCUUCCAUUAGUGUCCUUUGUCAGUUACCAGUUUUGUACUUGUUAUAUUUAUUUGCAUAUAGUAUAUAUAUUGGUUGCGCGUAAUUUAUUUGGUUAGUUGUCUAGUUUGGUUACCGUUAAAUCUAUCUCUGAGUUUCAUGUUUUCUAUUCGUCUUUUACCGUAUUCAACAAUGUGUCAAGUUUGUUCUAGUAAAGUUUGAAAUACGAGUGAUUAGCGUUUGCGGCUAUAUCUAUCGUGACUGUCGUUUAAUCUCAAUAUAUUUUUACUUUCCCUACGAUAGUGCGAACAUGUAACGUUAGGGCUUGUCGAGGCUACGGUUUGUGAAUAAGAUAAUUCAGCUUAAAAACACCAGUCCAUUAAAGCAACAGCUAAGAAACUCGACUCGAAACAAAUCACUAUAGCCGCGAUAAAUUAAUGUAUGCUUUAAAAUUGUGUACAUAUGUUCCUGGCAGUCGAGUCCGUCGCAGGGGGACUCGUCGAUCUUCAACAGAGUCUCGCCCAAGUCCAAAAACAACUAAAUCGGAUGCUGAAGCAGAAGAAUCGCUUAACGACAGCAAGAGUCCGUUACCAGCCUGUUUGGCCGGGAAGAAACCCUAUUUCCUGUCACUCGAUACCUACAGAGAGGCCUUGGCUGAUGACCCGAACGCAAAUCCUGUGGACAGGCACAAUUCUAAAGAAAGGCACAGAAGGUAAGGUUUACUGUGUUUGAUUUACCAUCUUCGAGGUGGAAGAGGGAAUAUUGUGUAUCUUGGGUUUUUGGACGAUAUGGUUCAAGACCUGAAGCAGUUGUCACUUGCAAUAUUACUAUUAUUAUAUUGCAGAAUACGUAUCACUAAAGCCGCAGAAUUCUUCAAAGCAGUAAUACCAGGCAUGGAACCAAACAUGGACAAGGCCACAGCUUUCCACCUUACAGUCCAGUAUAUGGUUUUCCUACGGAAUGCACUUAGACAGCAGGAUCCAACAGUCAUUCCCAAACUUCACGAGGUUUGUGGCGACGCUGUCAACUAG